AAGCAAAAGAAAGCGAGAGAAAAAGAGUAAGAAGCAGACAAAGGAAUAGAUAGUCGGCGCCCUCUUGUCUUCGCCGACCAAUCAUAACGUCCCUUUCUAAAUCUUUACCAAUUUCAAUUUUAAUUUUAUUUUCUUCUUCUUCUUCUUCUUCUUCUUGCUCUAUAAAACCCUAAUUUUAUUUAACCUUUUCCUGUUUCUUCCGGCUUCCGUUAACUUCAUCGGAUAUAUUUUUUCGAAAUUCGGGAAGUUACCGUCGCUAUUCUAAUCCGCAAUUUCUGAUUUAGUAAGAAUAGUAUUGGAAUGAUGAGUGAGCAAACGUCGACUGUGGUAGUUGAUGAUGUGGUUAUCGGCAGUGGUGGCGGUGGUGAUAAAGAUAAGGAGAAGAAGAAAAAUAAGCGGCGAUCUAACCGCCGAUCGAAGCAGAACUCUCCUAAUUUAGUGAAUGGAGGAGAGUUGUCACAAUCAAGUGGAAAUGGAGCCAAUAAAACAAAGAAUUAUACUUCGUCUAUCGGUUAUGUUUCAUCUGGGCAGCCGGAUUUUGAUGCUUUCAGUUCCCUGCCAACUAUGCAUAUAAAUGGCCACGUUGAACAACCCCUUUUACCAUCUGAGUUUAUUGAUGGAAAGGCAUUCUCAAACUCUUGUCAUGAACCAAUAUUGGGUAGUCAAUUUAUCCAGCUUGAUGGUAAUACUAAUUUUCGAGCUAAAUGUUUUGCUCCUCACUGGUCCAUUGAUUCUGUUAACGACGCGAUAAAGAAAGGGGAUGUGUUUAAAACAGUUUUCCGUGUAAAUGCUCACAAUAGAACUGAGGCAUACUGUAAAAUUGAGGGUGUAUCCACAGAUGUACUCAUUAGUGGACUUGCUGCACAAAACAGAGCUGUGGAAGGGGACAUAGUGGUUAUCAAGGUUGAUCCAUUGGUAGCCUGGAAUAAGAUGAAAGGGUCAAAUGGUCUAUCAGACAAUAGGUCACUUUGCAAUCCAGCAGCAGAAUCCAGUGAAAUAGCUAGUGGAAGCUGCAAAGAUAAAAAUAAAGUGGAAAUUGGCAAUGAAUAUAGUGACUCUGGAAGUUCCUCUGCUCAGAAGGCAAUUCAUUAUGAGUAUAGUUCUUGUGAUAUUGAAGCUGUUCACCAGGAUCUAUUCGGUCAAGUGGGUUAUAAUUUUGUAAAUGGGAAUCAUCACCCAUCUACUUCAGGUUCCCCACAUUUUUGUCCUAUGGAGAAAAAUGAAGCUGUUGAUGGCCUGGACAGGCUAUGCACCAUUGUUAAUUCACACCCCUCGAAACGACCAACCGGUAGGGUGGUGGCCAUCCUUGAAAGAUCUCCUCGUCGUAAUUCCAUUGUUGGUUUUUUAAAUAUUAAGCAGUGGUUUUACUACAGGGAGUGUUGUAAAAUAGAUGCAAAGAAGAACAAAAAAAUUUCAUUGAUCUCUGAUUAUGAGUACAUCCAACUUACACCCACUGAUCCAAAAUUUCCAAAGAUGAUGGUCCUUAUCAGUAGCUUGCCUAAUUCCAUAAAGAAAAGAUUGGAGAAAGGAGAUGAAACAGUUGAGAUGGAGCUGGUGGCUGCACAGAUAGAUAUUUGGGAUGAAGAUAGUCCUUUUCCAAAAGCACAUAUCUCUCAUAUUCUUGGGCGGGGUAGUGAAAUGGAGCCAAGAAUAAGCGCAAUUUUAUAUGAAAAUGCAAUUUGUUGUUCUGAUUUUUCACCUGAAUCUUUGUCUUGCAUACCGUGUGAUCCUUGGGAGGUGCCACCAGAGGAAAUCAAACAACGAAAAGAUCUUAGAAGUUUAUGCAUAUUUACCAUCGAUCCUUCCACUGCAACCGAUUUAGAUGAUGCUCUAUCGUUUGAAAGGCUGCCCAAUGGCACUCUCAGAGUUGGUGUUCACAUUGCUGAUGUAUCGUAUUUUGUUUUGCCUGAUACAGUCCUUGAUAAAGAAGCUCAGUUUCGAUCAGCAACUGUCUACAUGACGCGAAAGAAAUUACCCAUGUUGCCUCCACUUCUUUCUGAGAAUUUAGGCUCGCUCAAUCCUGGCGUAGAUAGACUUGCAUUUUCUAUUUUGUGGGAGUUGAAUAGUUCUGGAGAUGUCAUAGAUCGUUGGAUGGGCCGCACUGUGAUACACUCUUGCUGCAAGCUUUCUUAUCAACAUGCCCAGGACAUCGUCGAUGGGGUUACUACUGAGGAUGCACUUAAUACAUGUGGAGAGGGCCUGCCACAGUUGCAUGGCUCAUUCAAGUGGCCAGAUGUUUUAAGUUCUGUCAAGUGUCUCUAUGAAAUUUCAAAGACUAUAAGGGAGAAGAGGUUUAAUGAUGGGGCCCUACAGCUUGAGAGUUCCAAAAUUAGUUUUUUAUUUGAUGAAGAUGGAAUCCCGUAUGAUACUAUACUUUGUGAGCAGAAGAAAUCCAACUUUCUUGUUGAAGAAUUUAUGCUUUUGGCAAAUAGGACAACUGCAGAAGUUAUAUCUAGAGCUUUCCCCGAUAGUGCACUACUGCGGAGGCAUCCUGAACCUAUUAUGCGAAAACUAAGAGAAUUUGAAGCUUUUUGUUGCAAGCAUGGUUUGGAUUUGGACACUUCUUCUUCUGGUAACCUUCAUUUGUCAUUGGAGAGCAUCAGAGGAAAGCUUAAGGAUGAUUCUGUGUUGUCUGAUAUUCUGAUGUCCUAUGCUUCAAGACCAAUGCAAUUGGCAACUUACUUUUGCAGUGGUGUCAUGAAAGAUAAAAUGAGUGAAUGGGGCCAUUAUGCCCUUAAUGUUCCUCUUUACACGCAUUUCACUUCUCCUUUGCGUCGAUAUCCUGAUAUCGUUGUACAUCGGACAUUGGCUGCAGUCAUAGAAGCAGAGGAGUUGUAUAUGAGCAGCAGAAUCAUCUUGCCAAAUAUGAGAGCGGGAGAGAAAGUUAGAAGGUGUUUCACUGGUAUUAAUUUUGAUAAAGAUGCUGCAGAUUCCAUUGAAGGCCGGGAAGCAUUAUCAGUUGCAGCAUCCAAGUUUAAAAUACCGUGCACAGAAUCACUUGCAGAUGUUGCUGCUUACUGUAAUGAGAGAAAGCUGGCCAGUAGGCAUGUCAAGGAUGGCUGUGAUAAACUGUACAUGUGGAUUGUGCUUAAGAAGAAAGAGGUUUUAUUGUCGGAUGCCAGAGUUAUGGCUCUUGGGCCAAGGUUUAUGUCCGUUUAUAUCCAAAAAUUAGCUAUUGAACGACGGAUUUAUUAUGAGGAAGUUGAAGGCUUGGUCGUGGAAUGGCUUGAGGCUACAUCAACAUUGGUGUUAAAUUUAUGUUCAUACACACGUGCAGUUAGAAGAUCUGGUUCUGGUUUUUAUAAGGAACUCAGUGCGUUUGCAUUGGUAGUAAGUCCAUGCAGUCUGAAUGUGGAAUCUGAUGUGGUCAGAGAGAGUGCUAAGGAGUCCGAGAAUGUAUAUCCUAUUUCUGAUGCCAAUAUCGAUCCUGUAGUUUUCCCUGUUACUGUUGGUCUUCUAUCAACAAUUCCUGUAGCGCUUCAUGCAGUUGGUGGGGAUGAUGGGCCGAUUGAUAUUGCGGUGAGGCUAUAUGUGAGCUCAUAUUUUAGCUAAAGUGUGAUGUAUGAGCUUACAUAUGGAACUUGGCAGAUCCAAGUUUUGCGAGAUCUGCUGUAGAUAAGAAGGGUAGUGUAUAGUUGAAAUAGUUAGAUAGAGAAAAUCUGCGCAUAAGAAAUGACCUAUAUUUUCAAGUCUGUUUUGCGCAUGUGCUGCUGGAACCUGUGGUUGAAGGUUUAGAUAUGAAGCUUGAAUGGAAAUGGCCCUUGUUUUUGUAGGCCAGUUUCCAUGGAAUCAAAAACUCCAGCAGAGAUGCUCUGUUUUUCUCCUGUGGCUGUAAUGUGAUGGGAACUGAUGCGUGCAUCCCAAUAAGUUUUAAUUUUGGGAUGCUGGUUUAUCAGUCUCGUUACUUGUCUACUUGGAGAAUUGCGAUAUGUUGGUUGGACCAUCUGGGUUGAGUAAAUAAAUGAUUUCUGGCUUGGAAGAAUGAUAAAGAGCCAUUUGCUUCCUUUCAAGGACAAGUAUAGACUAUUUGGUUUUCAUCUUUCAUGUUUAUACACUACUUGAAAUGGAAGUAUUUUCUAAAGAAUACAAUUUCUGAUUUUAAGUAUUUGGGUUUAUGUUUUAUGACUUGUUGAAUUUCAUGACUUUUAUGUACUAAUGCUCAUUGAAUAUAUCUAUGGCAAUCAAAUGAUAAUUGUUCACUUA